UUCAUGUACAAAACUGCAUCUAUAGUGUUCUACAGUAACUGGUGUUAUCUGAUGCGACUAGGAAGUAUUUUAAACUGCGUUGAGAAAUUGACAUUAAAUACUUAUAAACUAUUAUAUAUGUGCACGACACAACGAGGCAUAUCUGUAUGAAACAACAUUAUAAGUUCUAGGAUAAUGUUGUAUCGCACUGUGUUUUGGAUAAAGAUUGCAGUGCUUACUAUCUCUUUUGCACUAGGUCGGCGUAAAACACAAACUACAAGUAACAUCUGCCCUAGAGAUGUCAUUACUUAUGUAUCGGAUGGAAACGCCUGUAAUAGAUCGUUAAAAGAUUUAAAAAUCAGCAUAGACAAUUUUGGAGGAAAGAAUGGAUGCAAUUCCAAUUGCACAGCAUCUUUUAAUUACAAGAACAACGACAGCAAGCAAUAUGACAUUGGUGAAAUAAAAGUAACUGUUUUCAACAACAUAAGAAAUAUCUCACUAAUGUUCGAUGCCUGCAAGAAAGGAGCUAACAAUAGCGAUCGUACUUUAUCUAUAGAUUGCUAUAAAGUAGAAACAAAUGCUUACUUUUACCAGCGCUGGUGCAGAAAUAGGUUGGAUUGUCUACAUAAUCAAUAUUGUUUACAAUAUGGUGAUCUUGGGGUCUGCUCAGCGACCAAAACAAUUAACAUUUCUACCGUAGAAAAAUACAACAGAGAAAACAGAACUGAUGGAUAUGAUAUUGGACAUGUGGUUGGUGCAGCUAUUGGUGGGCUCGUUACAGGCUUAGGAAUUUGGGCUGCUGUAGUGUUCAUUUUAAAAAAAAAAUCAAAAAAGCCUGAAGGAUCAAUCGAG